GGACACUCGGCCUCCUCGCUCUCAAAGCAAAAGGACAGACCGGCCUCGACCGCUCGGCCGAAAAUGGCGCCGGCGCCGGCGCCGGCCCUGUUGGAGCCGGGAGUGGACGUCGACAAGUUGAGCUACGAGAUUUUCUCCAUCCUGGAGAGCAAGUUCCUCUUCGGCUUCGACGACCACAAGCCCCUUCCCCUCCAAUCCUCCCCUGCCUCCGCCUCGCCGGUGCCCCCUCAGCCGCCCGCCCCCCGUGCGCCCGCGGGCAGGGUCCGCAUCCUCUCCGUUGACGGCGGCUGCCGCCCCUCCGAUGCCCUCCUCGCCGCCGCCUCCCUCGCCCGCCUCGAGUCCUUCCUCCGCGACACCCCCGCCCGCGUCGCCGACUUCUUCGACGUCGCCGCCGGAUCCGGCGCCGGGGGCGUCCUCGUCGCCAUGCUCUUCACCCGUGGCCCCGACGGUCGCCCCCUCUUCGCCGCCGACGAGGCGCUGCGGCUCUUCGCCUCCUGGAGCACCGGGUCGCCGUCGGGGUCGUUCAGCCCCCCGAGAAAGGGCCCGCUCGGGUGGGUGCUACGGCGGAAGCCCGGGGGUCUCUUCCGGCGGGUGUUCGGCGACGCCACGCUGAGGGACACCCUGAAGCCGGUGCUGGUCCCGUGCUACGACCUGGCUACAGGGGCGCCGUUCCUGUUCUCGCGGGCGGACGCGAUGGAGGCGGACGGGUACGACUUCCGCAUCUGGGAGGUGUGCGCCGCCACGUGCGCGUCGCCCGCGGCGGCGGUGGAGAUGAGCUCCGCAGAUGGGCGGACGCGGAUCGCCGCCGUCGGGGGCGGGGUGUCGAUGGGCAACCCCGCGGCCGCGGCCAUCACGCACGUGCUCAACAACAAGCAGGAGUUCCCCUUCGCCGCUAGCGUGGACGAACUCAUGGUGCUCUCGCUCGGAAGCAGCGCCGCCGGUGUGGACAGCGCUUCCGGCAGACGGCGGCCGGUUCCGUCGGCGGCGGAGCUCGUGAGGAUCGCCAGCGAGGGCGUCGCCGACAUGGUGGAUCAAGCGAUUGCAAUGGCAUUCGGACACAACAGGACAAACAAUUACGUACGGAUUCAGGCUAACUUGUUCGGAUUGGACAACAAUUAUUCUGCGAGAACGAGCAAUGCAGAUAGAUUGAUUUGUGCAAUGGAGGAAAGAUUGUCGCAGAGGAAUGUGGAAUCGUUGUUGUUUAGAGGGAAGAAGAUAUCAGAUCAAACUAAUGCGGAGAAGCUCGAGUGGUUCGCUAGCGAGCUCAUCAAAGAGCAUGAGAGGAGGAAGAAGAGCCUGAUUCCCGUAAUAGUGUUGAAGCAAGUCAUGACACCGAGAUCGUCCACCGCCACCACCACUGUCAUUACUGGCACCACCACCACCUCAACAACAUCAACAGCUGCUUCGCUCUAAUUCUCUGAGCAACAAAUAAACGAAAAUUAGUUCUUUAGGAAAAAUAAGAGAUCAAAGCUUGGUGGUUGCUGAGCGUGAAGCCAGUGCUGAUGGCACAUUGUGUAUAAGGGGCUAUGUAUGUGAAGUCUGUUCAAGCUUUGGUUGAAUUAGACUUUCAACUGAGACUAUUUCUUUUGGUACAAUUCAAGCACUGUGAUCUCCAUGGCCAGUGACAGAUUUGACAUCUUACAGGAGUUCUCUCAUACAAGGUGCACUAGCUGUGCUUGGUUGCAUGGUAUGCAAAUGUCUACUGUAAAAGAGACAUCAAAGUUGUUGCUCCAAACACGAGUGCAACUUAGUUCCCAUUGGUCAAAACUGAUGGGGAGCCACCUGACACCACCAACUAGAGAGAGACGUGGUGGAUAGUCUUAUGUUACAGCUGUUGCAUCUCUCGAAUGGAGUGGUAAAAAUUUUGCCAAAGUCAACCUGUGUCAAAUUUGGUAGUCCAUCAUAGACAAUCGAUGCAUCCAAAGCAAAAAAUCUAUAUGCAGGAGACCAGAUCCAACGAAAGAAGAAUCUGCAACUCUGUUGAUAGAGCUGGUUUGCACCAUAGAAGAAGGUUAAAGCAGCUCAGAAACAAAAAAUUACUUCAACUUUGAUGACUUUAUUCAAAUGAAAGCAGACAACAGAGUUGAAGGAUUGCACUUAUAUAAGAUCAUGACAGCCACUGAAGAUCUAUACUUUUGCACUUUAAAGAGCAUAGAACUUGUGGUCCUUGGUCUUGGGAUGUCAACCUUAAGGCUGUCUACAAGAAAAAGCUGAUCCUUCAUCCAUGUCUUCUGCAACUUUCUCUUGCUGAUGAUAAACAGAAAGCAAACAUAGGCAAUGAGGAAGACCUGCAGAGAUUUAAUGAGCACCUAUUGUCUGGCUGCAAGCAGAGGCCUGGUGUUAACCAUGGCAAAGGGUAUCUGCAAUGAGAUCUUCACCUUUCAUUCAUUGUCAGGACCCAAUGUUCUGGUCAUGAGGCCAUUUCAUAGAUUAGCAGGAAGGUUGCAUAUGAUUCCUUUCUUUGUGUAAGUGCCACUGAUGAAGGUUACUAUUUAAGUGUUUGAACUUUACAAGUGCACCGGUACCAUUGUGUUCCCUA